UGAAGGUGUGGCUUGACUGCUUCGUGAUCGACUCUCGGCCAUUUCCUGAUUUCUGAAGUUGUCGGUUCUGGCUCAUAGCAAGGGAUAGUUCACUUGGUUUUGGAAAGAUUGAUAAAUUGCCAUGACAGCCCUUAGGAAGAAGUUGGUUAUUGUGGGUGAUGGUGCUUGUGGAAAAACUUGCCUCCUCAUUGUGUUUUCCAAGGAUCAAUUCCCUGAAGUGUACGUGCCAACAGUUUUUGAAAAUUAUGUGGCUGACAUUGAAGUUGAUGGCAAGACAGUAGAGCUUGCAUUAUGGGAUACAGCAGGACAAGAAGACUACGAUAGGCUACGACCCCUGUCUUAUCCCGACACUGAUGUUAUCCUGAUGUGCUUCUCCAUUGAUAGUCCAGACAGUUUAGAGAAUAUCCCCGAAAAAUGGACUCCUGAAGUAAGGCACUUCUGCCCAAAUGUACCUAUUGUUUUGGUUGGUAACAAGAAAGAUCUGAGAAAUGAUGAUAACACAAAGAGAGAAUUAGCCAAGAUGAAACAAGAGCCGGUAAAAGCUGAUGAAGGAGAAUCAGUUUGUGUAAAAAUAGGAGGCUAUGCUUACCUGGAGUGCUCUGCUAAAACAAAGGAGGGUGUUCGAGAUGUGUUCAAAACAGCUACCUAUGCUGCUUUGGAAGUAGAGCUUGCAUUAUGGGAUACAGCGGGACAAGAAGACUACGAUAGGCUACGACCCCUAUCUUAUCCCGACACUGAUGUUAUCCUGAUGUGCUUCUCCAUUGAUAGUCCUGACAGUUUAGAGAAUAUCCCCGAAAAAUGGACUCCUGAAGUGAGGCACUUCUGCCCAAAUGUACCAAUCAUUUUGGUUGGUAACAAGAAAGAUCUGAGAAAUGAUGAUAACACAAAGAGAGAAUUAGCCAAGAUGAAACAAGAGCCCGUCAAAAGUGAAGAAGGGGCAACGAUUUGUGAAAAAAUCAAUGGUUAUGCCUAUUUGGAAUGCUCUGCCAAAACUAAGGAAGGUGUUAGAGAUGUGUUUAAGAUGGCUACCAAAGCUGCACUGGAAACAAAGAAAAGGAGAAGAAAAAGGGGCCUAUGCAGUAUACUGUAAAAUGAAAAGCUUGUUGCCCUGCUCUGCUUCAAUAUGAUAUGCUUAAAGUUGACUGACUAACUUGAUAAACAUUUCCCAUCCUCUUUGGAGAGGACUAUCUGAUGAGAAAAUUUCUUUCUGGAACAGAAAGGAUGCUUCUGUAGUUAUUGUUAUUAACUUGAAUUAUUAUUAGUAUAAAAUUUGUUAAAAACCAUGCACACUUGUUCAACACAUGUGGCAUAUUUUCAGCAAUGAGAUUAUGCAUCCUUGUAUUCAAUUCUCUUUAAGGUGGCUCUGCUGUAGUAACUAAGGAUACAGAGCCUUGUGGUGACAUGAUAUGUUUAUUAUUUGACAAGUGUAUAAUAGAAACUUGCUGCUCUCAUUGAAGUAAAUGAACCCUAUUGGCUAAUUGUGUUUUCUUAAAUUUUUAUUGCCUUUGUGUGACAUGAUUACAUGGUACACUGCUUUAUGGUUCUGGUUGUACAGUAGAGUGGCCAAAAACUUUGAAUCAAACCUGCAAAACAGAACUUGACCUAAAACAGCUGAGUUUUAGUGCCAUACAAUCAUGUCAUAGCAAGGUUCUGUUGCAUUCAUCUGAUAAAAAGAAAACAAUUUUGAUAUUAUGUAUUAGUGAUUUUCUCUGUAAUUGUUAACAACUUUAAAUCUGUAGCAGGAUAAAAACUGCUAUGAGAAUGAUUAGGAUGAAUUUUGUAGGAUAAUUUUUGUAUCUGUUUGAUGUUCUGCUGCUGAAACUUGAAAGGUUUGAAAUAUUAUCUAAUAAUACCAGCUUUGUGACAGUAAUUACAUAUUUUUUACUGAUAUUUCAAACCAUUUCACUUGACACUAAAGUCAGGUCCACAAAUCUGAAAAUACAAAGGUGGAGAAUGCUUGAAGGGUCCACUUAUGAAGUAAUCUAGCCAUAUCCAAAUGACAUCUUGCUCAAGCUUCAAAAUCUCUGAAAGAUUGGGAUGAUUUUAAAGAGUCCAAUUCGAUUUGUGUAGGUAAUAUGCAAUGUAUUAAAGUGUUGAUUUAAAGGCUUCAAUUCAUGAAUGGUGAGAAGCUUUUCAGGUUGACCAGUAAAAUAUUAAAACUUGUUAUUUUGAAA